AUGAGGUGGGAAGCAUGCAGGAUUCAGCUGUCUCUGAUAGUAAUAGUGGCGAACAUCCUUCUGCUGGUGGAAUCCCUAAAGUGUUUGUCAGGCUUUGAAGGAAGUGUAAUCAAAGUAGUCGAACAAAACGAUGCUUCUAAAUUUUGGAUGUGUGCAUAUGAAACGAUGGUACCGUGCGAUUUUAAAGAAAAACCAAGGACACCAAAUUUUCGAGCAGCUGAGUUAAAAGCUAAAGUGACUUCAUGCUUUGGACAAAGAAACCGAGCAAUUUGCUAUUGCUCGUCGGAUUUUUGCAAUCAAAACUACACUGUCUUCCUGAAAAAAUGGAUUCAUUCUCAUGUGAGCAACCAAACGUUAUUCAACUGUGUUAAAGAACACAUUGAAGAAAAGGCAAAUGACCAAAACUUGCGUCAGUCUUCAACGUCCAGAUCUAUACCUGUUGCGAUAUCAUCAUCUCCACACACGCACCCGAGAUCAGCGAAAUCUUCAACUGCUCUAUCACAAACGUCACCUCAUUCUAAACCUUUGCGGACAUCUACAAGACCACCACCAUCUUCACGGCAACCACCACCAACCACAACUAGACUCACCCACACAACUCCGAGGAAGACAGUACAACAUAAUACUACAACAACUUCUGGAACAAAGAAAACUACAAGGCGACCGGCUCAAACCACUGGUACUCCCAAAAAAAGAACUACCAAUGACAAAUCAGGGGAUGGCGAAAACACCAACCAAACUCCAGAUUCAAAUUUUGCAAAUUCCGGAAAAUCGGGUCAACGACCGAUUGAUUAUGAGCCGUUUGAUAGGAGAAAGUCCGACACUUUGAUUUUUGUCAUCAUCGCAGUUGGAGCUGCAAUUUUGGUGUGUCUUAUCGCGCCUGCAGUGAUAUAUGUGGUAAAGAAUAGGAAGGUUCAAAAGAAAGACUUAAUGCGAGCGCGAAGAGGGAGGAGAUUCGCUAAACAAGGGAGAAGUCCAGCAAAUAUGAGAAAGCCAGGGAGUGUGAGGAAACAAUAG